AUGGAUAUGCCGGAGUUCCUGCAGGAGGUGGGAGAUUUCUCUGCCUCUUCUAUUUCUCCCGUCUUCCUUCUCUCGAUUCUUGUCUUCCUGUCGGCCGCCUACUACCUGCGAAGACAUCCGAAGAACAAGAAGGGCCUCCGCCUGCCGCCGUCGCCGCCCAGACUUCCCCUCAUCGGCAAUCUCCACCAGCUCAGUGCCCUCCCUCACCGCCCCUUCCGAGAGCUUUCCCGGAAAUACGGCCCCCUGAUGCUACUUCACCUCGGGCAGACCCCCACUCUCGUGGUCUCAUCCGUGGAGGCGGCGCGAGAGGUGCUCAAGACCCAGGACCUCGUCUUCGCCACCAGGCCCUUCUCCGCCGCCGCCGCCGCCCUCACCAAUCGCUGCCGCAACGUCUCCUUCGCCCCUUACGGCGAGCACUGGCGGCAGGGCAAGAAGGCCGCCGUCGUUCACCUCCUAAGCCCCAGCAAGGUUCAGUCUCUCCGCCGGACGCGGGAGGAGGAGGUCGCCUUCAUGAUCCAGAAGAUCUCGUCGUCUCCUUCUCCGGCGACGGUGAACCUGAGCGAGACACUCUACGCCUUCUCCAACGGCUUCGUCUGCCGAGUCGUCGCCGGAAGCUCCGCGGCUAGGGAGGUGAGAACCCAGAGAUUCCGGGAGGCGAUCGACGGGGCCACGGUGGUCCUCUGUGGGCCGAGAUUGGAGGAGCUCUUCCCGAGCUUGGCGUGGGUGACGAAGCUUCCCGGAGCAGACUCGAGGUUGAAGAAGCUGGCGAAGAAGUGGAAUGCCCUCCUCGACGAGAUCGUGGCGGAGCACGAGAGGCGGGCGGGAAAGAGAGAGGAGGCGGAGGAGGUUGACUUCAUCGACCUCCUCCUUUCCGCAGACCCCGCCGUCGACCAUGCCUUCUCUAGAGACGACGUCAAGGCCAUCUUCAUGGUGAGCAGCUGCCAUGGAUUAUGCUCUCUCUGUUGUGACGUGGGUUUUUGGGUCAUCUUCUCCCUCGUCGUCAUUCCUUCCAGGACCUCAUCGCCGCCGGAACGGACACCUCGUAUGUGGUCCUAGAAUGGGCGAUGGCGGAGCUGAUGAAGAACCCCGCGCUGAUGGAGAGGACGCAGAUGGAGGUGAGGGAGGCCGCCCGUGGAAAGCCCACCCCCGAAGAGGACGACGUCGCCGGGAUGCCUCGCCUGCGGGCGGUAGUCAAGGAGGUCCUCCGGCUUCACAUGCCAGCGCCGCUCCUCCUCCCGCGGGAGGCUAUGGUGGCCACCCGCGUGCUGGGCUACGACGUCCCCGUCGGGACGAGGGUCUUCAUCAACGCCUGGGCCAUGGCGACGGACCCGGAGUGGUGGGAGGCGCCGGAGGAGUUCCGGCCGGAGAGGUUCCUCAGGGAGGAGGAGGCGGCGCCGCUGGUGGACCCCCGGGGGAGCGACUUCCAGUUCCUUCCGUUCGGGGCGGGGAGGAGGAUGUGCCCGGGGAUGAACUUCGCUCUCUGCGAGGUGGAGUUGGCCCUCGCCAGCCUGCUCUACUGCUUCGACUGGUCUCUACCGGACGGGGCGGCACCGGAGGGCCUUGACAUGGCUGAGUCCCCCGGAAUCACCGUCCGCCUGAAGACACCCCUCCGCCUCGUCGCCGUUCCGAACUCUGCUGUGCUCGCCUGA